AUGGAUACGUUGAGUGGGGACAAUGCCACUGUGGUAAAUGCCUCCAUAAACAAGUGGUCAUUCAAUGGACACUUGUUCCAAAACCUGGACCCCAAGGAGCUGAGAGUCCUGGUGCCAGCUAUUCUGGGAGUCAUCUGUGUCUUGGGUGUGGCUUGUAAUCUAACUGCGAUGGUCAUCUUGUUCUCCAACGCUCACAGGGGUAAACUAUCUCUCAUCAACUCCCUCAUCUUCAACAUGAUGUUUGCUGAUGGUCUGGUCCUGGUGUUUUCUGUGCCCUUUAAGGCUGCCUCCUUCUCCAAAGCUAGCUGGGAUCUGGGAUGGGUAGUGUGCAAGACGGCAGAUUGGUUCCUGCAGUCCUGCAUGGCAGCAAAAAGCUUCACAGUAGCUGUUAUGGCCAAAGCGUGCUACCGAUAUGUAUCUAACCCGACCAAGCAGGUGAGCAUCCACCUGGGAUCCAUCUUGGUGGUGUUCUUCUUCAUCUGGCUGUCUGCUUGUUCAGUAACAAUCCCUCACUGGCUGUUUGCUACGCUGCAGAGCCGGAUCCGCGGGCUUGUGUGUGUGCUGGUAGUUCCUCCUGAAGCACAGAGUUUCAUGGCAGUGUACGCCAAAGCAUACCCUCUCGGUGUCUACUGCACACCCCUCAGCUUUGCUCUGAUGUAUUUCUGGAAAGCUUAUGGCCAGUGCCAGCGUCGCUCCAGUAAGACCCAGAACUUGCGCACACAGAUCAGGUCCAGGAAGCUCACCUUGAUGCUGUUCAGCCUGACUGUGGCCAUGGCCAUUCUCUGGCUUCCACAGUGGGUGGUGUGGCUUUGGGAGCGACAUAUAACAGAGAGGGAAAUCGAAGGAGCCAAGCCAUUAGUGUCUUCUCCCCCACUUCUUCUGAUCCUCUCUGCCCAGCUGCUCACCUACUCUCUGUCCCUGGUGAACCCUCUCAUCGUUCUCUCCCUCUCAGAAGAAUUCAGAGAAGGCUACCGGGGGCUGUGGAGACGUCUCACCUUGCGCAAGCAACCUCCUCCAAAACCUAAACCCGGACCUCACAAGCCAACAGCUCCAAAGUCACCUUGCCCUAGACCAGAGACUUCUGUUGAGCUAAGGGGGGAAAACAGUUUUCGAUCAAGCUCCAGCAGAAAGGUUCAGCCUCAGAUGGAACAAGGGGUAGGAGGGAUGGAAAUAGACAGGGUGAGCCUAAAAGAUGGUAUUGUCUUGCCUGACUUGGAGCAGUUCUGGCAUGAAAGGGAGACUGGAUCGCUCACAGAUGAAAAUGAUCCUGUGCCAUGGGAGCACCAGAGCAAUGAUGGGAAAAAAUAA